AGAAAAUAGUUAUGUAUGAUUUUUUUUUCUUUUUUAGCCUUUCUAAGAAAAGUCUACACCAUCCUUUCUCUGCAAGUUCUCUUAACUACAGUGACAUCUGCAUUUUUUUUAUACUUCGAGUCUAUACGGACAUUUGUACAUGAAAGUCCUGCCUUAAUUUUGGUGUUUGCCAUUGGAUCUUUGGGUUCAAUUUUUGCAUUGAUUCUAAAUAGACAUAAGCAUCCCCUUAACCUGUACCUGCUUUUUGGAUUUACACUGUUGGAAGCUCUGUCUGUGGCCUGUGUUGUUACUUUCUAUGAUGUGUAUAUUAUUCUCCAAGCUUUUGUACUGACUACUGCAGUAUUUCUUGGUUUGACUAUAUAUACUCUACAAUCUAAGAAAGAUUUCAGCAAAUUUGGAGCAGGACUGUUUGCUGUUUUGUGGAUUUUGUUCUUGUCAGGAAUCUUGAGGUUAUUUUUUUAUAGUGAGACAGUAGAGUUGGUUGUGGCUGCUGUAGGCGCGCUUCUUUUCUGUGGAUUCAUCAUCUAUGACACACAUUCACUGAUGCACAGGCUAUCACCUGAGGAGUAUGUAUUAGCUGCCAUCAAUCUCUACUUGGAUAUCAUCAAUCUAUUCUUGCACUUGUUGCGACUUUUGGAAGCAGCUAAAAAGUGACUGAAAACAGGAUAUGUAAAAUGAUUAAUAAAGUUUGAAACAACUAUCAAU